GGGCAGUUCCAAAACCAGCCAGCAAGGUUGACUGAACUUGGUAGUUGGGUCGGUUGUUCGGUUCGAUUAUAGAAGUCCCAUCAGCGGAACAACUGAUUGAUAAGGCAGCCGGGAAUGUCUUCAGACCGGUUUCAUAAAGCCGCCAAAGAUGGGCUGCUGGACGUGCUGUCGGUGGCCACUCGCAAGGACACGAAUGCCAAGGACAGUGACUCCAUGACGCCGGUAAUGUGGGCGGCCUUCGAGGGACGUCUGGAUGCACUUCGCCUGCUCUGUGGGAGAGGCGGUGACCCCGAUAAAUGUGACCAAUUUGGCAACACAGCCCUUCACUUGUCCUCGGCCAAGGGGCAUCUGCAUUGCGUCGACUUUUUGGUCAAAUUUGGGGUAAACAUUUACGCCUUGGACAUCGAUAAGCACAGUGCGAAGGACCUGGCGGCUAUUAACGGACGGGACGAGAUCCUGCGAUACCUGGACGCGGCCACAGCCCAAUUCGAGGCCAAUGAAAAAAAGAAGUCCCGGGCUUUGAGGGAGCUGGCCGAGAAGAACUGCGAGAAACGUGUCCGUGAGUACAUGAAGCGUCAGCAGCAGCGGCAGGACACCGACUACUGUGAUGCCAGUCCUCCAAACGCAACGAGCUACGGCACCAGCAAGCCCAGUAACAUGCUGUCCACGCUCAAGCAGAAGAUCUGGUCCAGCCAGGGCAACCUGAAUAAGACACCACGCGACCCAGCCCCAGCUCCAGCGCCGACAAAGUUCAGUGAUCUGGUGGGCAGCGGGAGCAGCAGCAGUGGUGGCUCCACCAUAGCCAGUCGAGUGGGAACAGUACAAAAGAGGCCCUCGCACUUGCAGAGGCAACACACCAGCGCCUGUCCCCACUCGAAGGUGGCUGGCGACGGAGACGGCGGCUUUAAAGUGCGUGAGUUGGAGCCGGAUGGUAAGCGGACCAUAACCUCGCUGACGGGCCUGCAGCGCGACUCCGAGGUGCUGUACGUGGGAACCUUCAGCUCCACCGAGGAGAGCGUUGGCAAGCGCGGCAAAAUCACGGACGUGUUUGAGGUGGAGUCAAGCAUCGACGAGCCAGACCACAACGAGAACCGAAUAGGCUACAGUUCGGCGCUAUCGCGCUCCUUUUCCCAGCCCGACAUUCUUGGCGAUAGCCCCUUGACGCAGGAGCUGAGCGAGGAUUUGGGUCGCCAGAGACCCGUCGGCCUCUUCGACAGACCCACAAUGCUGGGCAGCAUUGCAUUCAGGCGCUCGGUGACGGCGGCUCUCAGCCAACUGCAGCUGCACACAGACACAAGCUCAACCUCGACAAUGCGCAACGCUGGCGGUAGCAACGGCAACGGCAAUCACGCCAAGGAACGCUCUGGCGGCAACAAGGGGCGCAUGUACCUGAAUCUAUCCGACGACACGGACUCCGAGGGCGGUGGCAACGACAUAUACAGCGAAGAUGAGGACGACGAUCAGGAGGCCAUGUGCAGUGCCCUGCAGCGGUUCCUGGCUGUCUGGGCCUUGGAGGAGUACCUCCCAGUAUUUCAAAAGCAAGAGAUUGACCUGGAAACACUAAUGCUGCUCACAGAGGGGGACAUCAAGUCGCUUGGCCUGCCGCUGGGACCGUUCAGGAAGCUCACCUUUGCCAUCCAGGAGCGACGCAACGCCUUGGCAAAUCCUGGCCCCAUGCUAGACAGUCGCCUCUAGUUCGUAGCGUCUAGUUUUUAUGUAUUCGAAUCUAAUAUAUCAAAUCAAAAAACCAACCGUUCUUAAUUAAAUUAGCAAGAGUUUCAUAGCAGCCAGUUUUCCAGCAUUCAGAGAUUCACCACCUUGACUGUGCUGUGACUCUGCAGGGCUAGAUUCUCUCCGAUCACACUAUCGCAGAACAGCUGAUUUUUGCAAAGUUUUUGUUGUCAUUUUUUCAUUUUAAACUUUGUGAAUCACAUUAAAAGCCGGUACAAAAAGUAAGCCUCCCGGCCAGUGUGCGUCUUCAUAGAUCUCAGGAAAAUAAACUGGAAAAAGAAAAUUUGUUUGAAAUGGAGUACAGCAACGCUCGCAGUUCUCAGGACACUAGCGACUGGCGAGACCUUUCAUUCCACAUGGUUAUCUAUGAGUACUUCGUAAAGAACACGUCGCUUUCGCCGGACCUGGGAACGCUCAUCGGCUACAUACUGUUCUUCGUGAUCACUUGGUAUUUGAUUAUCUGGGCCGCGCGAUUCUUGUUUUCGCUGGUCUGGCCUGUUGUUAUUGUGGUCCUAGUCGUGCUCACAUUCCGCUUCAUUGCCACAUUUGAAGGCUCAGACUUUAUAGACGUGUUUUUCCAGGCCGUAGUAGUGGUUGCAGAUAUGGUAUUGGCAAUCUUGGGUAGAACCUUAGAAUUUGGUUUAAGUUUUUUAAAUUAAAGGUUUAACAGUUAAUGUGUACUAAUAUGUAAAUUUUACAUUGUAAUAUAUAAUAAUGUAAUAUAA